CAUCCAAACGGCUCAUCGGAUACUCGCGAUAUCAACUGGAGUCAUUUCAUUGCCUCGUAAAUUGCGUAAUUCCCUCAGGUGCGCAUUGCAAAAGCGUGAGCUUCGCACGCACGAGUUCGAUAUGAAGAUCGCUAUUGAGGGAUGCUGUCACGGAGAACUCGACGCUAUCUACUCGCAUAUCGCGUCCCUCGAAGAGCGAAAUGGGUAUAAGGUCGACCUCCUCCUCAUCUGUGGCGACUUCCAGGCCAUACGAAACUACCACGACCUGCAAUGCAUGGCGGUUCCCGACAAAUAUAAGAAGCUUGGAGGGUUUCUGAAAUACUACACUGGCCAAGCCAAGGCACCGAUCUUGACAAUAGUCAUCGGCGGGAAUCAUGAAGCCUCAAAUUACUUCUGGGAGCUGUACCAUGGAGGUUGGCUUGCUCCGAACAUAUACUUCCUAGGUCAUGCCGGGUGUGUGCAGGUGAAUGGUGUACGUAUAGCGGGCGCAUCAGGGAUAUUCAAGGCACAAGAUUUCAGACAAGGCCAUUGGGAACGAAUUCCUUAUAAUCACAGCUCUGUGCGGAGUAUAUAUCACAUCCGGGAGUACAAUGUUAGGCGGCUCUCCCUCCUUUCAUCUCCAGCGGUCUUCCUAUCGCAUGACUGGCCACAGGGCAUCGAACAUCACGGAAACCUUCGAGAUUUGCUUCGACGGAAGCCUUACUUCCGUGACGACAUCAACAAAGGUGCUUUAGGUUCACCGCCCUUGAUGGGCCUUCUGCGCACUCUCAAGCCGCAGUGGUGGUUCUCUGCACAUCUGCACUGUCGCUUCGAGGCGACGGUCCUACAUAACAGUCGAGAUCCAGACGCUAGCAGCAUCCGCGACGCGACCAAGAGCGCAGAGAAAACGAAUCCGGAUGAGAUCAACAUCGAAGACGACGUAGAUACCGAACCUGCAGCCGCAGCAGUUCCUGCAGAAGGUAGGGGAAUCGCGCCCAGAAACACCGACGAGAUAAUCCUGGACGAUGAGGAGGAAGAUGUUAAAGCUCCGCCUACUCCCCUACCGCCCCCGACAGAAACGAAGUUCCUCGCUCUCGACAAGUGCUUGCCCAGAAGACAGUUCCUUGAGGUAAUCGACGUCGACAUUAUACCUCCUGGACAGCAUCGAGAGGAUGGCCUCGUUCUAUCAUUCGACCCCGAAUGGCUAGCAAUCACUCGUGCAUUCCACCAGCACAUGACGCUCAGCCGCACCCAAUCAUCAUAUCCAGAUGAAACAUCGGCGCGAGACGCAGUGCAGCGUGAGAUAGGAUGGAUCAAGGAACACGUCCUCGCCAACAAGGAUAAUGGGAUCAUCAAAGUAGACGAUAUACAACAAUUCGUGAUGACAGCACCGGCACCGGCACCGGAGGACAAGGACACAAGGGCCCAACCGCCGUAUUAUCCCAACCCUCAAACUGCGGCGUUCUGUGAGCUGCUGCAAAUCGAGAACAAGGUCAAUCUCAUUGUCCCUGAGAGUGGCUCGACGGCAUAAGGCACAACUCCUCUUCCUCGUGUGUUCACUGCCUGUUCGCCACCACGCUAUCCACCAUGCUUCACCGCGUGUCGUGUCUCGAACACAACUAGUGAUCGCGCCUCACGUCAUGUAUCUGCAAGGUUCGCCCCUUGUACAUUCAAUAUUGCCAUCCGUUCUUUUCUGUAUCGCGCGCAACCAGUUCAUUUUUUGUCUGUCC